UGCAUACGCAGUAAGGCUGAACCAGGCAGGGACAGCACUGCCGAAGUCAAUGAAUGUAUAUACCCCGCUAACCACCAGCAGAUUUACAUUCGCAUAGCAAAUGUGCUUCGACUAUCGAGAACAAGUUGUACAGAUUUUGCAAAAGAAAACACUCCUUUCUAAUCAUGUCUCCAUUCUCUAAGAAGAAUCAGUUAGUUCACGAUCUUGACUCUAGUGCGAGUUCAUUGCCAAAUACCUCUUUGCCUGGUCAGCCUUCCAUCUUGCUUAACAACUUUAGCCACACGAAAAGGUUUCUUGAGAAAGAGUUCUGCUCCUACGACCUUGAGAAAAUGGCACCGCACCUAUGGAUUAUGACCACAUUAUCAAGCGCGAACAUCAAUCCACUGCACCGGCAACGGGUCAAAGGGCGCGAAAUCAUCGUCACUGAAGAGCCCCGUUUGCAUCUAGUCUGGAUUCACAACCGUAUCUUCAUUAAGCCUCUCCCACGGUAUAUCUUAUCCCAGGCAUUCUGGGAGAUGUACUUGGAUAAGGGGUCUAACCGACUGGGCGAUAGUCGACUCGAUAUAUACAGGGCUGCAACUGGGUUUCUACGGACAUACCGCUACUUGAUCCAGCACGAGUCGGACUUCAACAUCGCCCAGCAGGAAAACCUUCGUCUCAUCCCCAAAGACGUGGACUGGAAGCAGUUCAGCAACUUUAUCGCAGACCUCAACCACAUCGACGACUCCACCGUAUCGAAAAGAUACUGCUACGGUGAACUACGAUUGACUCGCCUCAACUUCUACGCCCCAUUCCUCCUUCGCAAGUUCCAAUUUGAGCAGGUGCAUGGCCAAUACGGAGCUUUCUUUGGACGCCUGUACGGUCCUUUGCUUUUCCUGUUCGCUCUCAUCUCCAUAGUCCUCAGUGCCAUGCAGGUGGCGCUUGCGGCCGAGCAGCUGGCGGCUGUACAUUGGGAGAUGAUUUGGCAUGUAUCUCGCUGGUUUAGCAUAGUGAGCCUGGUGGGAGCAGCUAUUGUGUCGUUGUGGUUCGCUAUACUCUGGCUGUGGUUGUUUUUGGAUGAAUGGAUUUAUACGGUGAGACGUAAGAUAGAGAAGAGGAAGGAGAGUCGUAGCAUUUCGUCGUGUUAGUUUCGCUUUAUCAGAUGUUCUAUAAUCUAGUCGGAGUUACAUUCAGCACACUUUUGCCUGCCUUCUUUCUCCG